GGGUCUCGCGGGUAAGUGACCCGCCGGGCUUCGGGAGCCCCGGACAAGGCACGCCCUCACCUGAAGGGGCGUCCUGCGCGCCCUUGGAAGGGGGGGCGAGGGAGGAGUGAGGAAGGGUAGAGACGUCCCGCCGAGCCCAAGCUGUUGCCCGCAGGGACCGACGCCGGGAGCUCCGGCCCGGCUGAGGCGGGGGCUCGGUGCCUCCGGGGCCGAGUGGGCCUGGCUGCCAGUCCGGGGCUUCACCUCCCGAGCGAGACGCUACUGGACAGAAAAAGAAGAAAGGGAGGAGGGGCGCGGAUUAGCUGGACAGAGGAGGAAACUGAGGCAUGGCUGGAUCGCCCGGGGUCAGCCGAGGAGGGAGCCUCCGGCCGGGUUGUUUUUGGAAUACUCGGCUUCCUGAUAACUGAGCUCCUGCUGCCCCGACAGCCAAAUUUCAGCAGCCCUGGGAAAGAAAACCCAGGGCUUGUCCGAGAGAAAGUGCUCCGGCUUUGGGCUGGAGGGAGGGGAGGAGAAAUGUGUUUCCAAGGAAAACCAGCUCCAGACGUCUUGGUUCAGCCCAUGAAGUGAAGGCGGGCCUCCCACUGGGGCCAUUUCUGUUUUCCCGGUAGAGUCUGCGGGGGAUGGCGUGGACUUGGACAUUGCCCACGAGCAGAGCCCAGGAUGGAACUAGGCCUGUGCCCGGCCCCGAGAACACCCGGCCCUCCUGUGCCCAUCUGAGACAGCCUUGAAAACCUCCCCAAGAAACCUGCUCCCAGAGAGAACCAUCAUAUUUUAGAAAAGAAGAGAACGCCACAUUUUGGCACCUGAACGUGGGACUGACAGGACCCUGAUUUCAGUGGAAAAGCCUCUGAUCCUGAUCCAGUGGAAAAGUCCCCUCAACCCAGAAAUCAGGAUUUUGGGGCUCUCUUUUCCAAGCCUCCAGACCUUCAUCUCCAACCUCCCAUCGGAGCCCUGAAGACACAGAAUGUCUGUGAAAUGCCUGAGAUGGAGCCUCUGGCUACUCUGCUUCCUCACGGUCGCCAUGCUCUGGUACCUCAACCUCCCCUCCUACGCCGUGAUCGAGAACCUCAACUGGAUGUAUUUCUACGAAUACACGCCCGUGAACCAUUCAGAGUUUGCCUUCACGCUCCGGGAGCGGGAGACUUGCUCCGAGCGCGGCCCGUUCCUCGUCAUCCUGGUGACCUCGCGCCCCGCGGACGUGGAAGCCAGGCAGGCCAUCCGGGUAACCUGGGGCGCAAAGAAGUCCUGGUGGGGGCAAGAGGUCCUGACGUUCUUUCUGCUAGGCCGGCAGACGGAGCCGGAAGAUAACCUUUUGGCCUUAUCCGUCCAGGAUGAAAGCAUUCUCUACGGCGACAUCAUCCGUCAGGACUUCAUAGAUUCCUACGAUAACCUGACCUUAAAGACAAUUAUGGCCUUCAGGUGGGUUACGGAGUUUUGCCCCACGGCCCGGUACGUAAUGAAGGCCGACUCGGAUGUUUUUAUCAACACUGGAAACUUAGUAAAAUAUCUUUUGACCCACAACCAGUCUGAGAACUUCUACACGGGCUACCCUCUCAUAGAGAACUUUUCUAAUAGAGAAUUUUUCAAAAAAACAUACAUUUCCUACCAAGAGUAUCCCUUUCGGGUGUUUCCCCCGUACUGCAGCGGUCUAGGUUACGUGCUGUCUGGAGACCUGGUUUCCCGAGUCUACGGCAUGAUGGCGCACGUCAGACCCUUCAGGUUCGAAGACGUGUACGUGGGGAUCACUCUGAGCAUCUUAAAAGUGGACGUCCAUGUCCCCGAGUCCGAUGACCUCUUCUUUUUGUACCGGAUUAAGUUUAAUGUCUGCAAGUUCCAGCACUUGAUUGCAGCCCAUGACUAUUCUCCCAGGGAACUAAUCCAGUAUUGGCAGCUCGUGCAAACGGAAAGCAGCUGUUGACCCUCCAUCCUGUGGUGACCGCGCCAAAGACUUUGCUGAAAGCCCGUGAGGUCGGCCUGGGAGCUUGCCAACGGAGGGUCCCUUCAAAGGCAGGGCUCGUCCCGGCACCCACCUGGCUUUCACGCAUUCGGAUCCCACCCCCCUUGCAGGGGCCACCUCCUGUGUCAUUGGUUUUUGCUUUUGAGGUUGACAGUGCAAAAGAGUUCUCUUGUGAUGCUCUUAAAGUAAAGAGAUGAGUACCAAAAAAAAAUAAAUAAAAUAACAACUCAGAAAGAAAAUAAUAGAUUUUGCCAACCACACAGAAAAAGGCCUAAAGAUUUGAACAUGUCAUGGGAAAAUUUUACUAGUAGGUACUUCAUAGAGUUCUGUUUUAUUUACGUUAGACUUAUUUAGGACUACUGAUAAAAAUGAGAUUAUUUGGGGAAAAACAAACUUUAAGGUUAAAGAAGAGUGUUGCUAUAGCUGGAUUAACCAUUUUUGAAAAGUUGUAAUACUCUAAACACUUACUAUUGCACUGAAUAUAAUUAAAUUCUUUUUCUUCACAUGAAAAGCUUCAGUAUGGCCUCUGUAACAAAAACCAGGUUGGUUUUUCAGAGACCAAGCUAGCUUAUUAUGGAAAGCACAUCACCCAUAGCCUGGUUACUUAACGGUGACAUUAUUUUGGCCAAACAUAGGAAAUACAGGCAAUCUGUGUCAUUGAAGAGAAUUAAGGUUAGGGUUUUAUUUGAGUAGUUUAUAGAUAGGACCCUCUCCAUAGACAGUUAAAUGCCCAAGCCAGAAGACAUUUGAACUUUCAAUAUCCACGGGUCAUUAUUAUGGGCUUCGGUUAUUAUAUCGGUAAUACAGACAUGUACGUUUGCUCUUUCAGGUUUUUAUCUUGACAUUUGGAUAAGUUUGGGCUCUUUGGAGUUGGAUCGCUUCUCAACCAACUUGGUGCACACUUUGCCAAUGGGAAAUGGAUGAAUGUGAACCCCUUGAGGGCAUCCAGCCGUGGUUCCAUUUUUGUUCUUUUCUCCCCAGAGUUAGUCCCUGGCUCAUACUAAGAGCUCAUUAAUUGCUAAUCAUUUGGGCGUUAUAGCAUAAUUUGGAGUUUAGAAAACAUUUUUUCAUGUGUAGAGAUAUUGGAUAAUAUUGUGUAUAUAUAUAUAUAUAUAUAUAUGGAUGUAUAUUGAAUUAUGUCUUGUUUUUGGAAAUAAUUCCUUUAUGUUUUUUUUAAAUUUUAUUUUAAAAGAAAUAAAAUUUUAUUACUUUCAUGUACAAAUAGCAACUAGAAAGGGCUAAUAAAGUAUUUGCAAAUAAAUGAGUGACUUGCUUUAGUGAAAAGACAUAUGUUAAUAGGCAGAUGAACUCAUGAUAAAUGGGUAUUUCAAAAGUGCUUGAUCAGAUGUGAAAAACAUCUUACUCUUAAUGGCAGAGCCAGAAAACUGCUAGACAGAAAGCUGCAUAGAUUGUCAGAUGUGAUCUCUGGAGUGGAUAUUUUGGCUUAAUUAUUUUAGUUCUGGGCAUACAGUAGGAGCUUAAUAAAUGCUCGUGUUCUUUA